GCUUCCGCUCCGCCGGCGGAGGGCUCUCCGCUCGCCGCCCGCCCUCUCUAUGGUGCCCGCCCCGCACCGCCGGCAGCCUGCGGCAGCACCGGCCCCCGCGCCUACACGCUAUGCCGGCUGGCGGGUCCCGGCCGCCCGAGCCGCCGCGGAGCUGAGGUCAAAAAAUAUCUGGAGGGAGAUUAAGUGGUUCAACAAGUAACGCUCUAAUGGAUGACAGAGACUUUCCACCAAAUGAUCUGCAAAUAGACUCAAAGGACAGUCUUCCUGCUAACUAUAGGGUAGAAAGUUUGGCAUCUCGUUUGAUUCCUUCAGCUGAUGAAAAUGAAAAUCAACUUGAUAGUGAUGGGAAUGAAGUUCUGAUCAGUAGUAACACUGCUAUGGGACGACAGGAUAAAGGUGAACAGGAUAACAUCAAUAAUAAUGAAAAUAUGGACAGUGGAGACUGGAUCCCAAGCUGUAAAGAAAGUGAGACUGAGAGAAGAUCUGUAAAUGUCCAUAUGGACCCUCAGCUGGAGGAAAAGCCUAUUACAGAAAAACAGCCAGGUGGAAAAAGAAGUCCAAGAAGCAAAAGAAACUCCAAUAAAAAAUCUAAAGGCAUUUCUACAGUGGGAACCACAAUGAUCCAGGAUGAAAAUGCUCUUCAUACAGAUACAGAUUUUGUGCAGGCUGAAAGUGCUGUUGAAGCAAAGGAAAACUUUGAUCCAAAAAACCAAAAGCAAACAUUGCAGUCUCUUUUCUCUUUGCUCCGUGAAGAGGUUGAGCAGAUGGAUUCAAAGAUACUGCCCCUGUGUCUUCAUCAGAUAGCUGAGACCUAUUUUCAAGAGGAGGAAUAUGAGAAGGCCAUGAAGUUCAUUCAGCUUGAACGACUUUAUCAUGAGCAGCUGCUUGCAAAUCUCUCUUCCAUACAGGAACAGUGGGAAAGAAAAUGGAAAACAGCAGUUCCCAGUCCAGUUACAACACUGAGGAAUUCAGAUAAAGAACUGAGUGGCCAAGAACUGGAAAAGCUUACUAGAGUUUGCUCCUCGCAUCAACAGCCACAGGCAUCCAAAAAUAAGCUAGUAGCUGCAGAAAAUACAUGGGAAAGCAGUUCUUUACCUCAGUUAAUGGAAUCCAGAACUUUAAAGGAAAGAGAAGCUACUGCUUUUAAAUCAGGUACUGAAACUUGUCCUGGCGUUGCACCAAAGAAAGAAGAUAAACAGCUGAGCACUGUUUGCCCGGGUGAAAACAAAACUGAGAGACAGACAGAGGCAGCAAGUCUUCGGGUAGCUGCAGGAAAGGACCACAUGGAGGAGCAGCACUGCAGUGCUGAAUCGACACUGGAGCCACACACCCAGUCCACAGGGACAGUGGGCAGGCCUUCCUCGGGCUGUUUAUCAUCUGGGGAUGCUGGUAGAGAUAACAGUCUGCAGCUGAGGGGAAGACAGCUCUCCAAGGAUGCAGUGAAAAUAGAAGGGGCAGGGGAGCCUGGAGUGAAACUCCCUCUUGAGCCGAUGGUAGAUAUUUUGGCUUUAACAGAUGAUGAUUAUAUGUCUGCUGAUUUGGUUCCUUCUGAUAAAGAUGUGCCAGCUGAUAGAAGUCUGCUCAGAUCAAAACAUGCUGCUGGGUCUUCAGAAAUUCCUAGUGGCCAGCUUGGAAAUAGUGACUUAAGCCAGCAACAGAUACAGCCUGAUGAUGAUGAUGAUGAUGAGCAGUCUCCAUGGGACAGAACUUCCUCUGGCUGUAAUGAAGUGUCUGAGCAUGACAGUACUGACCAUUCACAGGUGUGCAAGGAAAUACAGAGAGCAGCAGGACAGGAGGAAAAGGCCAAUAAUGAACAAGAAGACUUAUUUCUGAGAUUUUUGAAUGGUAACAUAAUAGACACUGAAGAAUCUGCAGACUUUGCAGACUUAGCAAACCAAGAGGAUUUUGACACUGUUCCAGAUAUUUCACCCGAACGAGCAUCUUAUAACUCCCUGGAAGCUUUAUCACUAGAUGACAGCUUUUCUUCUCUUGAUGAACUUACAAGAAGGAUAGAGAUUACUGAGAUUACCCCAGUGGAAGGAUUGGUGUCUAUAUUAAAGAAGAGAGAUGACAGAGAUGGAAAAACAAUUGCUCAAGUCCAGCAAAGGCAAACAAAGAGAAGAGUGAGAUUCCAAGAAAUGGAAGACACAUUGGAUCAAGAUGAAGUGUCUGGUGGCUCCUGCAUUUUGCUGAUCCUGCUGUGCAUAGCAACUGUUUUCCUUAGCAUUGGAGGAACUGCACUGUAUUGCACCUUUGGUGACAUGGAAUCCCCUGUGUGUACUGAUUUUGCAGCCAACAUGGAUUUCUAUUAUACACAGAUACUGCAGAGUGUGGAAGAACUUAAACACUGGAUAGUCUUCUCAUAGCUGAAAGGAGUGGACACAGCACAAUGAGAGCUCACCAGUGGUUAUUGGAGAGAGUAGAACAAAAUUGUGAUUUCAAGUUCUUUAACACUUGCCACUUGCAGGUGAUGUGUAUUUGAUUAUAUACUUUCACAUUUACUUAGAAAUCAAGAAAAUUUUAGUUUAGCUAUCAGGUGGCAAAUGUUCACAUCUGUUCACAACUGUAGCAGCGUGGUAUGGGAGCAUAAGAAGUUAUAAUCUUCAUCCUUUUGAAAGUAGGCAAGUAGCUUUUCAUCCACUUGAGCAAGUGAAGAAGAAGGAAGAAAAUUAUGUCUUCUGUAUUCUCUCCCAUUGCCACACAUUGUGUAAGCAAUCUCUGGAAGCUUAGUAAAAGGACAGCUUUCAUUUACAGCUGUUAGUGCAAAGGUGUUGCCUCCAGCUAUCAUGCAAUAAGUCUCUGUUUUAUGGAAACAUUAUUUCUUUCUAAGUCUUAAUGUUUUUAUCCAUUUUAUUUCUCCUGGUGAGCCAUGUAAUUAUUUGGGUGGAGUGAGAAGAGUGCAGUGGCAUUCACAGAGCCCUCAUUUGGUCAUUACCAGGCUAACCCUGUAUCUUUUAGCUUGCAGUGAAUAUCAUGAGUGGAAUAAAUCUGCUGGCAGAUUUCACUAAAUUUCUUGGACCUUUACUCUCAGUAUCAUGCGGGUUGUUUUAGAAAUGGAAGGUUAAAAAAUAGAUCACUGGUCUCACUAAACACAGAAACAAAAGAUGCUUACUAAAUUAUAUUAAAUAAUCAGGUGUCUUUGGCUCAUUUUAAAGCACCUGGUAGCAGGUGUGGGGCUAACUGGGUUUUCCUCCACCUAUGUCACUGACUUAGAGUAAUCACUUUGUGCCUCAGUUUCUCCUCCAUAAAUGGGGAAUAAUGAUCCUUGCCUUUGUCUAUGAAUAUUUAUUGGAAUUAGGGCUCAUGUCUGAUUCAUCAAAUGAGUGCACAGGAUCCCAGAACUGUGUGGCUGCAGCCUCUGUCAAUGAGUAAAGGUUAUGUGAAGGGGGACUGAUCCAGCAGAAGAGGUUCAGAGGUUCAGUGCAGAUCCACAGCCUGUCAGUAUUCAGAGCACUUGUUCCAGCCAAUAAAGCACAUUUGCAUUUAUUUGCCCUGCAGUUCUGAGACCUGUAUUUUAAAAUCUGUUCUUUCUCUGUCGGCUUUACAAACAAAUUUAGAUCAGUGCAAAGAGUAAUUUGAAGUGAGUAUUUCUAUCACUUGGUGCUCAGCCCUCUCUGUGUGGUGGUGAGGGAAAGGCUGGAAGGACAGUGAAGGUGAGGAUGAGGUACACAGGCCUUUGGGCCGUGUUCUGCUCAGGAUGUGGCAGCUCUUCUUGCACAGAGCACAGUGGUGCAGCCCUGUUGACGGGGUGAGUUUGAAACCAUUCCUUUACACCUCAGGAAAAACAGCAUUUUUGAGGGGCCCACUUCACUCCGCUCUGUGAUUUCCUGCUUACUAACCUUGUAUGAUGCAGUGUGUUCAAGUUUAGGAUAUUAUUUUGUAAAAUGCUAUGAAGUGAAAUUUUUGAGAUACUGCUCAGAAUUACAUCAUUAAAGAUCAUGCUUUGUGACAUUUGCAAGCAAAUUGUCCCUCUAGUGAGCUUGAUUGUUCCUAAUGCACUGUUAUACUUAACGGGGUUUUAAAGUGAAAGUUAAAAUCAUGGUUUUUUGAGACUAAACUGCAUGUAUGAUUUCUCUUUUGGUUUUCACUGUGGAGGCUUUGUUUAUUUAUACCCUAGGAAGCCUCAUGUGCAGCUUUAUACUAAACUAGCACAUUUCAAAUGCCCAAAUUACUGAAAACUUUUGCUUUUAGAAUGAAACUUGAGAAUGGUAGUUAGGGGGUUGUUUGUUGUCCUCAAGAGUAUCAUAAUGCUGGGCUACUCUAUAGGAGAAAGGGAAAGACACUUCCGUGUUUUAAAGUGUUACUGGCUGGUUCAGUUUAUUAUUUGAAUUCUGUGUUUGUUUAUUUAUUUAGUUUUUCUUUUAAAGAGAAGCUUAAUUUUCUAUUUUGACAAUUUACUCACUGAGUAAUUAAAAAGCAUGCUUUCAGUUAAAGUAUGUAUUUAUAGUGACUAUGUUGUUAGAAUAUAUUUUGGGUUUCUGUAACUUUGCAUUGAGUGUUUAUGGAUAUUAAGUUUAUUCCUAAGGAGACAGCUGUUCAUUUCAGCUUAAAAAAAUAUAUAUUUUUAACUUUUUGUGCACUUCAUCACCAAAAAGAUCAAGAGGUAUUUAUAGAUCUAUUUAUUCAAAAGUAUAUCAGACAUGGAUAUCAAAGAUUCACAACUUCUAGGUUCAUUUAAUUAAAACUACUUUAAAACAAUUAUUUUAUUUAAAACUAUAAAGCUAUUUAAAGUCAAAGCAAUUUUUAAUGUUUGCAUUUCUUUAUGAAAACCUGAUGGUGCAAAUUCUUGCUUUGUUUGACAAUUCUGUUAGUGCAAAUGGUCUGUAGUGCAUUAUCAAACUUGCAGCUACCAACAGAACCAAAUUUGCUUUGCAUUGGACUCCAAAGAAUGUGCAGGCAGGCCUGAUGUUGACCUUCCUGUGUGUUCUGUUCUCUUUGGAAUACUGGUGACACUGCUUCUUUCAACUGGGUGACCUGAGGGCUUGGGAUCUUACAGACAGAUAAAGCAAAAAGAAAUAGUGGAUUUGAACAGUUCCUACUUGUCUGAGUGUUUGAGGUAAAAUAAUAACAAGCAACAGCUAAGGUUGUUUCAGGAGGAGGAAAGCAGUGCAAGAAGGCUUCUCCUUCACACACAUGCUUGGUGUAAAGCAUUUUGUGUGUAACUUUUUAUUCAUUGUUUCCUUCCCUGCCACUGUCUUUAUGGCUGUUCUACUUGGCAAUAGGGCAACCAUACUGUGCUAAGUUGAAAACAUUUGGAAUUGGUAGGAAAAUUCAGUAAUUGGUUCCAUACUUGAGAGAGUUUAGUUAUGAAAAAAACUUUUCAUAAAAUAUGACUGGAUUUCAGGCUGCUAGUGUACCAGAGAAGUUGUGCCACUUAAUCACCUGCAGCACUCUGCUAGAAACCCCCACCUUCCUGUUUAUUCUUUGAGCAUAAUUACUUCAAAGAGAUUCUUGUGAUAAAGAAAAAAACAAGGCUUUUUGUGUAGAUUCAGCAUUAUGCUGCCCAAAGAUCUGAGCACAUAAUUAACACCCUCACCCCAAACAGUCUAGACUACACUAAGAAAGGCACUGUGCUGUAGUGUAGCCAUACCAUACUACAGGCUUCUUCUCAAGACAGUGUAAGGAAAAAGACAUUCCACAGCCCAAGUAUGUCAGCAGAAGUUUAUGAUCUAGACACAGGCUGUGUUUUAAUUUUUUUUUCCAUUAUCUUUGCUUUCAUACCUGGAGAAUGCAUAGUAGCCCUGGUGACAAGCAGUAGGAAGUAUUGUAACAAAAAAGGAAACUCUCAUUUAGGGUUCUUGGUAGUAAAGAGCAAGUUUGAACUAUCAAGUAAACAGAGUACAUUGGAAGUCCAGAUUCUUGUGUGACUGGGUACUGUCCCACUCAAUAACCUAAAGGGAUAACCCUCCUAAGGAAACAUGUUUGCCUACUUUGUACUGUAAUAUAAAACCACGAACAUCUGAAAGGAAUCAAAGUUAUUUGUAACAAAUUUAUCUUAAGCUUCCUUAAGCAAAAGGAGUAAAUAACUGUCUUUGAAAGUCACCCAAGCUUGUAAUUAUAUAUUGUAGCAAAAAAAAAAAAUAAAAACUGUCCCAAAGAAAAUACAUGAACCUGUAUGUAUACUGUGAUUUCUAAAUGUCUGAAAAGAUUGAGAUUUUCUGUGAAAUUCAAGUAAAUGGGCAGUACCUCCAAUAAGAAUUUCAUUAUUAAGCCCAAACCAGAAUGGAAAGUGAGGAUAAAAUGUGUAAGGUUUGGUCUGGGUUUUGGUGUAGUUUUCCUGGGUGAUCUGUCUUUGUUUCAAUAGUUAAACAAAUACUCAGUUUCCUCAUAGAGCCUGGUGCUGCCAGACAGGUGGGUUUCGGAUACUAAAAUGUUGCCUUACUGUAUCAUUGUGAAAGCAAGGUGACAGAUGGUGAGUUUCAGAAUUCAUAGUAAUUGGUGAGUGACCUGGAUAGUGGUCACAAGGCAUUCUGCUCUCUGAAAUCAAUUAAAUAAAUAAAAAUACAAACAGUUGCAGAUCAA